CAGCCACGGGUUUCCGCUCUAUUGACCAAUCACCACGUGCGCUGUGGAAAUCCUCCGCUCUUUCCGGGGGUGGAAGUUCACGAAUUAAACGCACAAGUGGCGGGAGUUGUUGUCAAGUAGGAUCUGAUCGAAGUCACCACAUUGAACAAAGAUGGAUGCUAAAAGGCGGAAUAGCGGUCUGCCGAGGGGCGGGGCGUCCCAGGCCAAGCGUGGUAAAACUGCCGGGGAUUGGGAAGACAGCCCGUCCAUCUUCGAGGAGGAACUCGCCCUGUUCGAAGAAGCCGAUAUGGAGGCGGAGGAGAGGGAAGGACAGGCGGGGCAUGACGUCAUCCCUGUUGGUGAGCUGUUCUCUGCUGACCUCAACCCCCGAUGGCGUAGGCCGCAGGCCACCCCUCUGAACCCGGACUCUGACACCCUGGUCUUCCAACAGAUUGACCUCGACUACUAUUUAGGGGCUGUUGUGGCUGGCAUGCCAGGUCAGUCUCAGGGGAAUGUUCCAAUCAUCCGCAUGUUUGGGGUAACUGACAGCGGGAACAGUGUGUGCUGCCACGUGCACGGCUUUGCCCCCUAUUUCUACAUCCCUGCCCCCAAUGGGUUCACCAGUGAUCACUUGAGUGAGUUCAAAAGGGAGCUUAACUCUGCUGUGCUGAAGGACAUGCGCUCCAACAAGGACAACAUAUCGGUCACUGUGCUGGCGGUGGACAUCACACGCAAAGAAAGUAUGUAUGGUUACCAUGGGAAACGGAUUGCGGACUUCCUCUGCAUCACUAUGGCAAUGCCUCGUCUGAUUGCCCCGGCGAAGAGGCUCCUGGAGCAGGGAUUUAAGUUUGGACCUUUCCCCAUUCAGAGCUUCUCUUCCUACGAGGCUAACAUCGACUUUGAGAUCAGGUUUAUGGUGGACAGCGAUGUGGUGGGUUGCUGCUGGAUUGAGCUGCCCAAAGGGAAGUACCGGGUGAGGGAGGAGAGGAUGUUGGGGGAGACGGACGCUCACCACCCAGCCAAGGUGUCUCUGUGCCAGUAUGAGGUUGAUGUGGGAUGGACCCAGCUGAUCAGUCACCCAGCAGAGGGAGAGUACCAGAGGAUCGCUCCUCUCAGGGUUCUCAGCUUUGACAUUGAGUGUGCUGGAAGAAAAGGGAUUUUUCCAGAGGCAGAGAAAGACCCAGUGAUCCAGAUCGCCUCCAUGGUGCAGCGACAGGGAGAGAAGGAACCCUUCAUCCGCACCGUCUUCACCCUCCAGUCCUGCUCCAGCAUCGUGGGCUCCCAGGUCCUGUGCUUCACUAAAGAGAGCCAGUUACUACAGAGCUGGGCUGAGUUUGUGAGGACAGUGGAUGCAGACAUCAUCACUGGGUACAACAUCCAGAACUUUGACCUUCCCUACCUGCUGAACAGAGCAGCUACCCUGAAGGUCAAGCUGUUCCCCUACCUGGGCAGAGUACAGGGCAUCAAGUCAGUCCUGAGAGACUCCAGUUUCCAGAGCAAACAGAUGGGCCGCAGAGAGAACAAGAUCCUCAACAUGGAGGGACGAGUUCAGUUUGACCUGCUCCAGGUGCUGCUGAGGGACUACAAACUGCGCUCGUACACACUCAACGCCGUCAGCUUCCACUUCCUGCAAGAACAGAAGGAGGAUGUUCAGCAUUCUAUCAUCACAGAUCUGCAGAAUGGUAAUGAGCAGACCCGGAGGCGCCUGGCGGUGUACUGCCUGAAGGAUGCCUACCUGCCCCUGCGUCUGCUGCAGAAGCUGAUGUGUGUGAUCAACUACAUGGAGAUGGCCAGAGUCACCGGGGUUCCCCUCACCUACCUGCUCUCCAGAGGCCAGCAGAUCAAAGUGGUGUCCCAGCUACUGCGGCAGGCAAUGAAACAGGGUCUGGUCAUGCCAGUGGUGAAGCCUGAGGGAGGUGAAGACUACACUGGAGCUACAGUCAUUGAGCCAGAGAAAGGAUACUACAGCGUCCCCAUCGCCACCCUGGAUUUCUCCUCUCUGUACCCCUCCAUCAUGAUGGCCCACAACCUCUGUUACACCACCCUGCUUCAGAAGGGCUCAGCGGAGAAGCUGGGUCUGACCCCAGAGGACUUCAUCAAGACUCCCACAGGAGACCUGUUUGUUAAGAGCUCGGUGAGGAAGGGACUUCUGCCUGAUAUCCUGGAGGACCUGCUCUCUGCCAGGAAGAAGGCCAAAGCGGAGCUGAAAAAGGAAACGGAUCCUUUCAAGAAACAGGUCCUCGACGGUCGACAGCUCGCUCUCAAAAUCAGCGCCAACUCCGUCUAUGGCUUUACAGGGGCUCAGGUGGGCAAGCUGCCCUGCCUUGAGAUCUCACAGAGUGUUACUGGGUUUGGCAGACAGAUGAUUGAGCAGACCAAACAGCUGGUGGAAUCCAAGUACACCAUCGCCAACGGUUACCAAGCCGAUGCCAAGGUCAUCUACGGGGACACGGACUCCGUCAUGGUCAAACUGGGCGUGGACACUGUGAGCAGGGCCAUGGAGGUUGGGAGGGAGGCGGCAGAGUGGGUCUCCUCCCACUUCACCCCUCCCAUCAAACUGGAGUUUGAGAAGGUGUACUACCCCUAUCUGUUGAUCAACAAGAAGCGCUACGCAGGCCUCUACUUCUCCUCCAGCGCCGACACUCACGACAAGAUGGACUGCAAGGGUAUCGAGACGGUCCGCAGAGACAACUGUACCCUGGUGGCCAAUCUGAUCAACACCUGCCUGCAGACCAUUCUGAUAGACCGAGAUCCCCAGGGUGCGGUGGCCCACGCCAAAGAGGUCAUCUCUGACCUGCUGUGUAACCGCAUCGACAUCAGCCAGCUGGUUAUCACCAAGGAGCUGACCCGCACAGCCCAGGAGUACACUGCCAAGCAGGCGCAUGUGGAACUGGCCGAGAGGAUGAAGAAGAGAGACGCGGGUAGCGCCCAACUGGGAGACAGAGUUCCCUAUGUCAUCAUCAAAGCUGCCAAAGGAGUAGCAGCAUACAUGAAGUCUGAGGAUCCAAUCUAUGUUCUGGAGAACAACAUUCCCAUUGACACCCAGUACUACCUGGAACAACAGCUCAAGCCACUGCUCCGCAUCUUUGAGCCCAUCCUGGGAGAGAGCAAAGCAGAGAGCGUCUUACUGAAGGGGGAUCACACGCGCUGUAAGACAGUGUUGACCUCCAGGGUGGGGGGGCUCAUGGCCUUCGCCACCAAGAGGAGCGCCUGUAUCGGUUGCAGAGCAGUGCUGAAGGACGAUGCGGCUGUGUGUGAUUUCUGUAAGAAGAAGGAGUCUGAGCUGUACCAGAAAGAGAUCUUACACUUAAGUACUCUGGAGGAGCGCUUCUCUCGCCUGUGGACACAGUGUCAACGCUGUCAGGGCUCACUCCAUGAGGAUGUGCUCUGUACCAG